CUUACCAGAGGGUAUAAUUCCUGCCACGGCUGACUGGAACUUUUCGAAAGCACCGUUGGAACAAAUGAUUGUGCGAAGUUUAUGAGCGGUUGUAAGAAUUGUGGAGAAGUAGUGUACGGUGUGUAAAAUAUGUUCAUUGGCGUUAUGUUGUUUAAGAGUUUGGUUAGGUGAAAUGCCGACAGUUAAAAUCGAGCGUAUUGUGAGUUGCAGUAGUGAAGAUUCGAACUACCCAGCGGCGAAUCUCUUGAGCUGUGAUAGCAAGACUUGGAAGUGUAAAAAUGCAGGAGAGAAGCAGGCCUCUGUCGUUCUCCAGUUAGAAAGAGAAGCCGUCAUUACUUCUGUCGAUGUUGGAAAUGAAAACAGUGCAUUUAUUGAAGUGUUGGUUGGUCGAUCAAGUACACCUGAUUUGGGGUUUGAGGUAUUGUUGGUUGCAUCAUCAUUCAUGUCGCCGAUGGAAGCACGCAGUGGUAGUAAUCCCAACCGGGUGCGUAUGUUUACAUCAGACAAAUUAUCCAAGCCAGAGGCAGAGCAGAAGUGGGAUAGAGUGAAAGUGGUGUGCACACAGCCGUUUAACAAGCAUGUACAGUAUGGUUUGGCAUUCAUCACAUUUCACUCAGUGACCACUGAAGAUAAACCUGCUGCUUUGAGCAACAAGCUUGGGCGUUUUCUUGUGAAGGAUGACAAUGAUGAGUUGAACUCCAUCAGUGCCGGGAGUCUGUUUGCACGACGGAAAGACGUUGAGACACAGCCUUUGAGAGGAGCAGCAGCAAUUCGUGAAGCUUCAUCACCAGCUUCUCUUGCAAGGCACAAACCAGUACAAAAGGCAAAACCUCUGAAACUGAAAGAAGAAGUUUCUCAAAAGAAUGGUACUCAGAAAGCCAGGGGUGAAAAUUCAGAACGUCACAACUCAAAAGCUAAGAAGACAGAAGAACCAGUUGUAAAGAAGCCCAGACCUCUUGGAAAACCAUUUGGAAGGCUGCUGGAAGGUGUCACGCUAGUAAUCAGUGGGUACCAGAACCCGCACCGGGCCAACCUGCGCACGAUGGCUCUUGAGAUGGGCGCACGCUACAAGUCAGACUGGGACAGCUCAUGCACACAUCUGGUGUGUGCAUUUCCUAACACACCAAAAUUCCAGCAGGUCUGGGGGAAAGGGCAUAUUGUGUGCAAGGAUUGGGUUGAGAACUGUCACAGCAAGAGGAGACGCCUUCCAUGGAGAAGGUUUGCCCUUGACAAACGAGACCAGAACAAACCGGAGAGUGAGGAUGAGAUUCCAGAGCUGGUGCAGGAUGUUCCUGACCCACCCUGUCAGCAAGACACUGGAGGACUGAGUGGUGAUGAUGAUGAUGAUGGGCGGCCUCAAUCAGGGUCUGACACAGAGGAUGAGAUCGAGAGGGUGAGGGCUGUCAAUCCAUAUGAUGAGGACACGGAUGUGGACAGUGAUGGAGAGCUUCCUGCUACUGCCAACUUGCCUUUGCCGCAGUUACACGACUUCUUUGAUGGAAAAUGUUUCCAUCUUCAUGAGGAGCUGAGCGCAGUUGUCAGGAGCAAACUAAAGAGAUACAUUAUAGCCUUCCGGGGGUCAUUAGUGGACCAGUUGAAUGGUGAACAUGUUGACUUUGUAAUUUCAAACAAGAAGGUGCAGUCCAAACAACUGGUGGUGAAACCUGACUGGGUGUGGGCAUGCAAUGAUGCAGGAACACUGUUGCCCACAGGACCAUAUCAGUUGAUGUGACAGAGUUGUACAAAAUUACAUAACAUCCAAUUUAUUCGGUCUGUUCUGCGUUACGAGUAUUACCUGUGUUUUCUUUAAUGAAAAAUAAAAAUGUUUUAUACAUUA